AUAAUAAUGUCGUGGUUCGGCGGCGGCGACUUAAUCCAGCUGGAGACGCCCGAGUGUCUACGGCAGUUCAUCAAGGAGCUCGUCGACACCGAGCUCAUAUCCGAGCGCGAAAAGGUCCGAAUUUACUCGCAGCAGGACCAAAAUGCGACACAGACGGACCCCCUCCUUGAAAUGGAUUUCAGACACAACCAAGCCAAAGAAAUAAAUGCCGCUAAUCUCGCACGCAUGAAAAUUCCUAAACAAGAACUUCUGAAGGAAGCCAGAAGAAUCGUGUCUGAAGAGGAGGUCGUUGAGAAACUGGCGAGGCAGCAAAACGCAGCGUUCAACAGGGAGUUACGACAGUUAAAGGAAGACUUGGAAAGGUCGAGCAGGGCGAUGAAAAGGCCAGGGCGCACCUCAAGCGCGUGCAAAAAACUACCUGAGGUGGAAAACGUCAGGGUCGAAAAGCAGCGCGCCAAGAGUUGUUCAAGCGAAAUCGAAGCUCGGCUCAGCACCCUGAGUCUCGAUUUUCACGAUCAGAUUCAAUUGGAAGGUGAAAGAAAUGAGAGCAGCACCUACAGCAGCGACUGGCACUCUGAGGAUGAAGAACCUUCCGACGCCUCUUCACCCAGCUCGGCUUCGACUAUUUUGGAAAAUAAGCAUGUUGAAGAAGAGGAGGAGGAAAAACUGUCUCUUCCGCCUCUCAUGAACGUCAGUAAAUCUGCAAAGGACGAUUUGGAAAUAAAGAGCCUUCGGAGGUGCUGGUUGGUUUGGAGGGCAGUCACCUUUAGGCAGAAAAAUAUGCGCAGGUUGAAGAGGGACGAUGAUGAGAAACAGAGUCAGAUCGAGCAAUUUGUGAAUCGUCAGACCUUCGUGAGCAAAAAGACCAAGUCGUGUUCCAACCUGGAGCAGAUUAUUCGCGAUCAAAAAGCCAAACUGCGCGAACAGGAGCGACUCAUCAGCAGGCUUAAGUUGGAGCAGCUGCGUCUUGAGGCCGAGAAGUCGCAGCAGAACGCACAGACCUUGAUGGCACACAGUUUACAGGAUUCGUCGUUGCCGGUGAGGCGUAAGCUGAAGUACCUGAGGUCAAGCUUUCCGGACAUCCUAGACGGAGGGCGGGUGGACAACAAGUCACGACCGUCUUUCCUAGUGCUGAUGGAGCAGCGACAGGCGGAGCGGCUGCGGCGCAAGAAGGAGUUGCACGAAAGGACACAGCUCAGGGUCGAGCAGCAGAAGCGGCUACAAAAGGAAAGGGAGGAGGCGCGCAGGGCCGAACUGGCCGAACAACGGCGGCUUGAGCAGGAAGCCAGGGUGGAGAAAAUGCGGCUGGAAGCGGAGCGGAGGGCGAACGAACAGGCGGCCAGGGCCUUUUGCAGACUGCGGCGUCUCCGCAUGGCCUUCCGCCUCUUCAGGGCGAUUCUGCUGCAAAGACGGAGGCGCAUCAUGGAGGCGGAGGAACGCAGGAGACUCAGACUGAUGGGCGAGGCUUUCCGCAGGUGGCGCCAGGUCGUCAGGGAAAAGUCGCAGGAACGGAUGGUCCAGGCUAAAAGGCACCACAGGCGCAAGGUCAUGACCUUUGCCUGGGACAAGUGGACGCAGGCUGUGAUGGAGAGGAAGAGAGACUGGCAGGUGGCGGAAGACUUCAGCGACCUGCUUUUCGCGGUAAAGUUGUUUAAAUUCGGCAGCCAUGCUUGCCUCCUCGAAAAGAGGGCGGAGCAAAUUCGGCGCGAAAAGUCAGCUGGGAAUCUCCAAGUUGGUGGAUUUUAA